CCGCCCUCUGAUAAUGCAGCAUGGGCGAAAAUACCAGACCCAAAAGCUACAGCCGAGGAAGCACACCGCUCUACUGUUAACGAUUUUGGACGAGUGAACUAAAAGUGAUGUUCCAACAAUGCCGAUAGUGGAUAAACUCAAAGAGGCAUUAAAGCCUGGUCGAAAGGACACUGGUGAUGAGGGCGACCUCAACAAACUGUUGGCCUCUUCUGCCAAGAAGGUCCUCUUGCAGAAGAUAGAGUUUGAGCCUGCCAGCAAGGGUUUCUCAUAUCAACUGGACAGCCUAAAGAACAAAUAUGUUAUCCUCAAUCCCCGGAACGAGGGCGCUACGGGCCAGAAGGCCACAGAGCCCACCCCAAUAAAGAGGCAAGUCUCAGAGAACAUAGUUGGGGGCCAGAGCGAUGGGAUCCCUGCCCCACAGAAGAUGCUCUUUCCAGGGAAUAAGCUCGCCCUUAAAUGGGAGCGGGUGUACAGGGUGGGAGCCGGUCUCCACAACCUAGGAAACACCUGCUUCCUCAACUCCACGGUGCAGUGUCUCACCUACACCCCGCCACUUGCCAACUACUUACUCUCAAAGGAGCACAGCCGUGCCUGUCACCAGUCAGGCUUUUGUAUGAUCUGUAUAAUGCAGAACCAUAUCAUCCAAGCCUUUGCCAACACAGGCAAUGCCAUCAAGCCUGUCUCCUUCAUCAGAGACCUGAAAAAAAUUGCCAGACAUUUUCGCUUUGGAAGCCAAGAGGAUGCUCAUGAAUUUUUGCGGUACACCAUCGACGCCAUGCAGAAGGCCUGUCUCAAUGGCUACCCUAAGCUUGACAGGACGACCCAGGCCACAACCCUGGUUCACCAGAUCUUUGGAGGUUACCUCAGGUCAAGAGUGAAAUGCUCUAUUUGUAAAAGUGUGUCGGACACGUAUGACCCUUAUCUGGACAUCGCUGUAGAGAUUCGGCAAGCGGCAAACAUUGUUCGUGCCCUUGAACUGUUUGUGAAACCAGACGUCCUAUGUGGGGAGAAUGCCUACAUGUGUGCCAAGUGCAAAAAGAAGGUUCCAGCGACGAAGCGCUUCACAGUCCAUCGAACAUCUAACGUGCUGACCGUUUCACUGAAGAGGUUUGCCAACUUCAGCGGUGGAAAAAUAACGAAGGAUGUUGGUUACCCAGAGUUUCUGAACAUCCGCCCCUACAUGUCUCAGAGCUCGGGCGACCCUGUUAUGUACGGCCUCUACGCAGUCCUGGUUCACUCUGGCUACAGUUGCCACGCUGGCCACUACUACUGCUAUGUGAAGGCAAGCAACGGUCAAUGGUACCAAAUGAAUGAUUCAAUGGUGCACUCUAGUAACAUCAAGGUGGUGUUGAACCAGCAGGCCUACGUGCUUUUCUACCUGAGGAUCCCUGAAACAAAGAAGAAUGCAGAUGGACAGACUACCAAACAGGCCAUGUUGCAUCCUGGGAAGAACAGUGUGUCGUCUGAGCAGAUUAAGAGGUCUAAUCUGAACGGGCCUCUCUCCUCCCCGCAGGUCACUAAGAAACUUGAGCCUGCACAGCUGCGUAAGAUCCAGUCCAUGGACGGUGGUCUGGGCCUGCCCAUUUCCAGGAAUGGUGUGGGCUCUCAGCCACAGCCCAGAAUUAACAACUGGGGGUCGUCCUCCAAUGGCCCCUCAAAGCUGCCAGGUGGACCAACGGUUAUCGAUGAGCCUUUCAAGAAGCUGAAGAAGCCGUCUCCCCAGAGCCAGGUGCAGUCCCGCUGCGGCACCCCGACCCCUUCCAACGGGGUCAGCAGGACGGAGGGAGAUAAGAAGCAGGGUGGCGAGGGCAGAAGCAUGUCAGCGUCUACCUCAUUCAAGUCUUUGUCUGACUCCUCGUCUGCCGACACAUCCGACUCCAAGGACUCUGUGGGUACCAGAAGUGCGCCAGUAGGAGACACUCCCUCCACCCCACGGAAAGGCUCCCUCGCCCUGGCGUCCCCAGCCAAGAGCGUGGAGCGCUCUCAGAGCACAGAGGAACAGAAGACGGCGAAAAUAAAAACCCCGGCCCUCAACAACAUCACGUCUGAAGCCACCAGCACCAUGUCACCUCCACCGGCCAAGAAACUGGCCCUGUCAGCCAAGAAGGCUCGCAGCCGGAGACCGAGCAGCAAUGAUGCUCUGCCCCCUUUGCCACGCCAGCUGUCCAGUGACCCCACGCAUCAAAAUCAACUUAACCCCCUCACCUUUGCCUCACCUACCCACACUCACAGAGCUGUACCAUUCCAUUCACCUAAAGUCCAGUCAUCACCUUUGGCCCACUCAAGUGGAUCCUUCAAACAGCAGAGCCCUCAGAAACAGUCCCCUCUCUCCACUCCACAAAAACCAAACGCCAGCCUUUCUCCUAAAACCAACGGGCUUCACAAUGCCGGCCCAAAGAGCCCCAAGUCUUCCAACAACCUCAGCUCCUUGGUCCAAGAACCAGAUCUCAACAGCGCUACAGCUCAAAAAGCCAACCAAAAGAAGAAGAGGAAAAAGAAGCGGCGGCAUUCUGAGGUGGAGGGUGACGCAGACCCAGUGACAUCCGCAGCUACAUUGAUACAGGCCGACCCUGUGGAGUCAGCCAGCGAGAAGAAGCGCAAGAAGAAAAAGAAAAAGCGAAAGAAGGAGCAUGAAGAUGGAGAGGAAGCCAAGGAGAGGGGGUGUGUCCCCUCUCACCUGGACACAUCGAACCAGGAAGAGGACUGGUGCCAGGGUGGCAUGUGGAGCCUUACAUCCCAUCCAGAUACAGAGCAGCCUCAACAAAAACCUCAGUUAGCUACCAAAACCCCAACGCUUUGCGAGUCAAAUCCGGAAGACCAGGGAAAGGACUCUGUAAAGUUGAAAAAGAAGAAGAAGAAAAAGAAGCUGCAGAUGGUUGAGGCUCUGGAGGAUACAGCCUCAGCAUGCUCCGCACCAGAGAGAACUUCAGAGAUUGCCACUGUCACACAGAACGAUACUGGAGAUUUGAUAAUGUUGAAAAAGCAAUUAAAGGUGAAGAAGAGGAAGAAGAAGAAGCUAAAAGAAGAGGUGAGCCUGUGGGAGGAGAGCAGGCGCUGCUCGAAUGGACACAGCGAUGAACCUGAACAAGUGGAACCUCCUUCCAAAGAGAACACCAAGGAGAACGGCAAAAUGAGUAACAACACAGCCAGGGUGGUGGUGUGGGACAGCCAAGUGAAGGACGGCUACAAACGCAGCCAGGUGCCUGCGGCUGAUAUAAGUGAGAUAGGAGACAGCCCGGCCCCUGCUGCCUCUGUAGCCUGGGAUGGCAAAAAGACAAGUAGUGUGGUAGAGGAGCUCCUCAAGAACUCUACAGAUAAGGCCUACGGAGCAGACGUCCUUAGUUGGGAUGGAGAUGUCUCUGCUAUUAGUAGAGAUGCUGCCGAAGAUGUCCGCCAAGCCCAGUGUGACACUGUGAUCGAUGAGUGGGAUGAAGACUUUGACAGGGGAAAGGUGAAGAAAAUAAAAAACUAUAAAAGAGAGAAGUGGAGAGGUGGCAGCAGCAUCUUCCAACAGAUCCAGGAAAGGCGAAGCAAGUGGUCCGUUACGCCCGGCGGGAAGAGAGUUUUUGGAGUCCGCCGAUGAGAGUCCAGAUUUGCUGUUGAGGCUCAUACUGACUGGAAAUUGAGACAACACUGUAUACCAAACUUAUGUACUUUUACCUUUUUUUUAAUUUCUCAGUCCUUGUUUUGAAACCAAAAUUUAAUUCGAAAGAAAAAAGCUCAAAAUCUGAAUUUUAAGCAAACCUGAAAUAUUGGCUUCAGUGUUGACUAAUCUAUUCCCCUUUUUAUCAAAAUGCUGAAUCAAGUUUUUCUACAAUCCUCUACACCUCCAAAAUUAAUUUGUUGGCCUCAUUUGAGCCUUUUGGUAUUGCCGUAACAAUAUUCAGCUUCUAUGAAAAGAAAUAGUCGAGAUGUGUACGCUGAGAAUGAGACUGACAUGUGUGCCACACUUUGGCUGUCUUGGCUUGGAAACUGAACACAAUCUCAGAGCCAACUUUUGCAGACAUAAGAGCUCAGUUUGUAGGACAUUUUAAAAACUCCUAUUCUAAAUUAAAGAGAUCAACAAAUAUAUUAUUGUAGAUUUCUGUAUGAUUUACCUAUUUUAUACCUUUGUUCGCCAACAUUUUAUUUUGCUGCAGUGUCUGUGCCACGUGGCUUGUUUUUAAGGACCACAUUUUGCCUGCAUAUUGUUGGUAAAAUGAAGCUUUAAAAUUGCCACUAUUUUCUUAUGCAUGUUUAAAAUAUACAAAGGUUCAUUUUGAUUUUAGUUGUGCUAGUUUUUGCUUAUAAUUCCUUCUUUUUUUCUCCCCCGCGCAAAUCCUCUUUAUUUCAGAUUUAAUGUAGAUACAUUUAAGGCCACAAAAAAAUGCUCCGCCAAUUUCUAUUAACAGUUUCAACUGUUAGUGGUUGUGUUCAUGAGCCACUUGUUGGAUGAUUUGCCCCUGUUUACCUGGACCUUAUUGGUUUUUGACAACUCAUAAUGUGUUAUGCCAUGUAUAGGUUCGGGUUGUUGGGAGUAACAGUCAUCAGUCCAGCGUUCAGGAGCUCUGUUUGGAGAUUUGACUUUUCACAAACUGUUCUUCACCAAUGUUCUGGAAUAAAGGGGUUACAUUUUAUACUUGAGGCACUGUUGGACUGGGAUUGCCUCAUGCUAAUAAUUAAUUUUCCCCUUGUAUCUUAUAUCUCUAUGCAAUUUUUCUGAUGCUCAUGCUGGUCACCUAGAAACUGGGCUAAGACUCAGGAAACCAGAAUCCCAUUUUCAUCACGGAUCAGACUCCCCUGUUCCAUAUAGAGUAGUCCCUAACCAGGACCACCAUUUUGCUUCUUGUAAAUCCUGUAGAAAUAGUUUUAUACAAAGUACUUCAGGUGUGGAAACAAUGGGAUCAUAUUGCAACAAUCCUGGCACAGAUGCGUAGAGAAACUAGCGUUAUACAAAAAAAAUGCUUUGCCAGAGUAGAAGCGUGUACAGUCCAUCUUGUGCUACCUGUUUCCCACCAAUGCUGUAAAGAUUUGCCCAUGCAUUUCUUCUCAUUCUAGAGAUGUUGCCUUGAAUUGGCUAUUAAAAAAUAUAGGAUUUAAUGUUAUAAAUAUAUAAUUUAAAGAAGAAUAGACACAGAUCUUUUAUGUGCUACUAAUAUUCAGAUCAGUCGGUGGAUGUUAACUUGAGCAAUUAUCUGCAAAUGUGUUUGCUCAUGUGUGAGUGAGUUGUCUUCAUGCAAGACCUUCCCUAUGUCACUGUGGUGUGUACAGUACAAGAGACUACAGCAGUUUAGUUCUAUAGGACAUGUUUGUCUGCUGUGUAAUCGACACAGGGUGUGACUCUCAAAUUAACACAGGAACAUUUACCAGUGUGGAUGGACGGUCCACAUGUUUGCAUUGAUGGUUCUAUAUUUUGCACCACUUUUUCUGACCAGGGAGGAGACCUUUCAUAAUGAAAGUGGCUCCUACCACAUUAUAGUUAACUAUAAAGGUGCAAUAAAGUUGUGACUUUUGUGA